AUGCCUGGGAAUCCUGGAGAGGCAUCUCUGACCACAGAAGAUAAGUUUGGUUAUGAGAUUGUAGAUGAAAAAGGCCUGAGGCAUCGAGUAUCUUGUGUCAUUAGAGUUACAGCCUCAAACAAUGAGGCGUUCCCGUGUCCAAAAUGUCAAAGUGACAACAUCAAGAAACCCUUCUCUAUAAAUGCUGAGUGUCAGAAACGGCAGAAUGUCCUCCGGUCAGCGACACUCACAGAAGGUGUAACACGGCUAGUUGCUAUCAGUUUGCACAAUCCAGUCAGUAUCUCUGUCCUGGACAAAAACCGCAACCAGCCCAAUCCUAAGGAAGUUGGUAGUAUCCAGCUCAACAGCUUUGCCAUCCCAGAGAGCCUCGACCAGCAUGUGGUGUUGGUUCCCAGUAAGCUACGUCUUGUCUGCCUUGCAGCCUUCAUCCUGCAGAAGUGCAAGUUUGAGAAGAACCAGAAGAUGAUUGUCUUUUUCUCAAGUUGGGAAUUGGUGGAGUUCCACUUCAGCCUCUUCCUUCACACCCUGCUUUGUCACGCAGGGACCCCUACUUCAGAGCAUCUGCCAUCUGCCUCCUGGCCACUGAAAUUCCUUUGGCUACAUGGCAACAUGGAGCAGGAGGAAAGAACGUCCGUGUUUCAUGAGUUCUCCCACUCUGAAACUGGAGUCUUACUCUGCACGGGUGUUGCAUCUCGAGGCUUGGAUCUCCCACAAGUCACCUGGAUUGUUCAGUACAGUGCUCCGUCUUUACCCGCAGAGUACAUUCACUGCAUCGGAAGAACUGCCCGGAUUGGCUGUCAUGGGAGCAGCCUGCUCAUUUUGGCUCCUUCAGAGGCAGAAUGUGUCAACUCGUUGGCUUCUCGCAAAAUCAGUGUUGGUGAGAUUAAGAUGGAAGAUAUUUUGGCUGUCCUGACAAAGGAUGAUUGUUUUAAAAGGAGACAAAGGGGAACCCAGAAAUCCCGUGCCAGUGGCCCCCAGGAAAUCCGAGAACGAACCACAGUAUUGCAGACAGUGUUUGAAGAUUACGUGCACUUCAGUCAGAGGAUGGUCUCCUGGGCUAAGAAAACCCUGCAGUCCUUCAUCCGAGCCUAUGCCACCUACCCUAAGGAGCUGAAGUCCGUCUUCCAUGUCCGAGCCCUACACCUCGGGCACGUGGCUAAGAGUUUUGGACUAAGAGAUGCUCCUAGAAACCUCAGUGUCUCUGCUGUGAAGAAGGCAAGCUGAAAAAGGCCUGACCCUCGGAGGAAGACUCAGAGGAAGCAACGCCUUGUGCCUGCUGAAGUUCUGCACUCGCAACACUCGAGUGGGCUGGAGGACGGUGGCACGAAGGGCAGAAAGCAAGGCAAACAGCAGGGCCUUCAGGUGGCACCCAGCAAGCCGGGGCCAUGGAGAGAAUGAAGCUGCUUCUACA